AUGCCAAAAGGCACUGCUCAAUCUCGCCUGCCACCUGAACGCCGUGGGCUGCCGGUCGAAUUUGGACGUGCAUACUGGACUUUUAUGUCUAUCAAUUCGACACAAGGCAGAAUCGCGAUACUUCCAAAUAUCGACUUGGAUAUCUUGCCAAUUGCUUGCUUGAAGGCUAUUGAAGUUUACUAUGAAAACGUUGCUGAAGGUAUCGAGCCUAUAUUUGAACCAAUCAAAGCUACCUUCGAAGGUUACUUUACUGCUGCAUUCACUGAGCAAAUUCAACCAAAUGUUCUCCAGAUGGAAUUGCCGAAUCUUCGUUUAAGAGGUAUUAAUUAUAUUUAUGAAGAGUCAUCAGACCUGAGUUGGCUAGACUCACCAAUGCUUCAGAACCUUCGAACGAUGGUUAUAUUUCAUUCUGUGACGGAAACUUGUGUGGAAGGAAGCUCUGGAACUAGCCGAAUUCAAAACCUUUCAAGGCGUAUCAAAAUCAGAUAUAUCUUCUUUGUUGGAGGAUCUGAUCGGAAGAUGGGUCCUAAAAAGGCUAAGGCCUUCGAAUCGCAUGGGGUCCAGUGCUACAUACUUUUCUACCUUCCUUAG